GCGGGCGUCCCGGGCGACAGCGUCAUGACGGACGUGCACCGGCGCUUCCUGCAGCUGCUGAUGACCCACGGCGUGCUGGAGGAGGGGGACGUGCGGCGCCUGCAGAAGCACUGCUACCAGGUCCACGACCGCAACGCUCCCGUGGAGAAGCUGGAGGAUUUCAUCAACACCAUCAACAGCGUCCUGGAGUCCUUGUACAUAGAGAUCAAGAAAGGCGUCACGGAAGAUGACGGGAGGCCCAUUUAUGCGCUGGUCAAUCUUGCUACAACUUCUGUUUCCAAAAUGGCCACCGAUUUUGCUGAGAAUGAGCUGGAUCUCUUUAGGAAGGCCCUGGAGCUGAUCAUUGACUCAGAAAGCGGCUUUGCUUCUUCCACCAACAUUUUGAACCUGGUGGAUCAGCUGAAAGGUAAGAAGAUGAGGAAGAAGGAGGCGGAGCAGGUGCUGCAGAAGUUUGUGCAGAACAAGUGGCUGAUUGAGAAGGAAGGUGAGUUCACCCUGCACAGCCGCGCCAUCCUGGAGAUGGAGCAGUACAUCCGUGAGACGCACCCCGACGCCGUGAAGACCUGCAACAUCUGCCGCGGCCUCCUCAUCCAGGGACAAAGCUGCGAGACGUGCGGCAUCAGGAUGCACUUGCCGUGCGUGGCCAAGUACUUCCAGUCCACGGCCGAGCCUCGCUGCCCCCACUGCAACGACUACUGGCCCCACGAGAUACCAGAAGUCUUCGACCCCGAGAAGGAGAGGGACGCGGGGGUCUCCAGGACUAGCAGGAAGUCCCUGCGGGCCAGGCAGCACUAGCCGCCCUGGGCCUCUCUGCCCGCCAAGCUCCACCUUUGCUCUCUGUGUUCCUGUGGACUCUGGAAUAAAACCCGCCCUGUGGGGUUGCUGCGUCUGCGCUGCUGCCA